CUGGAAGUUUACGUGACCAAAGCCUUGCGCUGAAUUACUUGCCAGGAACCAAUAUGGCGGCAGCAUGUAGCGAGCUCCCGAACCUUCUACUACGGUCAGUUACUAACGGGAAACGAUGUUUCUACGCACCUCUUUACGAAAGUGCUUAGCGAACCCUACAUGAUAGUUGAUAUCACGUGCCAUUUCUUAUUUCUACCGUUUCAAAGACGGCCGUUUAAUGCUCUGUGCCCACAUAGUGUAUGAGCUCUGUGGAACAUUACGUCAGGGGUCACGUGAGGUUAGGAGGCGUAUGUGCCGCGCUGAUUGGAGGAGAUGAGGAGAUGGACAGAGCGGGUGGCCAAUAGUGACAGGACUGACCCGGAAGUGUGCGGUGCUGCGGUCUGAGAGACGCUCUAUGGACGGAGUGUCCGCAGCAGCUCCAGCGGGCUCGGCCGAGGCGCUCCUGGGCGGCUAUGGAUCCCCGGAUGGUGUCCUAGAUCACCAAUCACUCCCAGGGUAUGUGUGCUGCAAUCCGUGCGCAGGCACGGCGGGCACAGACACCAGGGCUUCUGCUGCAGGUGGACAGUGCAUGAAAAGAGCUUCCCAGCAAUAUGCAGCAUUCACACAGGCUGCCACAGGGGGAAUCAGGGAAUGAGCUAAUGAAUGCUACAACGCUGUAAGCACCAUAACUACCGCAGCUUACUGUAAUGGCAUGGUGCAGCCGCUCUGUUGGGUUUUUGUAAAUUGUUUAUAAAGCAGGGGUCUCAGAAAGUGACCGCUUCUGGCAUCUAUGGAAAACAGUAAACACGGCGGAAUAUAUCACUAGGCUGAAUAAUGCAGGGGAUGUAAGGCGCUUCCCCUACAUGCCUGAGAUAAUCCAUUUUGAUGAUCUCAGCCAAUCCAAUGCUUUCCCCACAGUAAAGCUUUGGGAGGCUAUUGCGCGUGCGCAGCAAAAUGGAACACUGCGCCAAUCCGCAUCUCUUCAUAGAGAUGCAUUUACUCAAGGCAUUGCCAUGGGGAAUGUUCAGCAUUUCCAUGCUGCAUUGAUACAGGAAGCACAUCUAGUGGCUGUUUGAGUGACUGCCACUAGAGGUGUUACUAGGCAGUAAUGUAUACUCUACGUUUUAUCUGAAAAGUCAGCGUUUACAUCGAAAAACCUGCAGGGACAUGCUAUAGACACUAGAACCACUACAUUACUAAAGCAUCCCUUUAAAUAUGCAACAUUUGGUCACUGCUUGUGUAGAGACAUUGUAAACACUGGAAUCACUACCGCUAUUGGUGCAUUACUGUACUAAAUUGCUAUUGAAUGAAAUUGAGUGAGUAUUGCGGAAGUUAAAUUUGUCAUUAUGCUGUCGGAAGUUGAAAGGCCAUUUCAGGGCUUUUUAAUUUGUGUGUUUUUUGUUUGUUUUUUGUCAAACCAUUUGGAUUAAAGCAACACUCCAAAUAAUAUAACCCCCACAGACUGUUUGUUAUUGUGCCAGGAGUGUCUCUUGCACCCUCCCAAAGUAAUGUAUCAUUUCACAUAGGAACGGUUUGACAACUUAUCUGGUGUCAAUGACCGGAGCCCUGUUUUGUAGAUUUUCCUUGCAGGAAAAUCUGGUUAGUUCCACUGAGUUAAAGGACUACUAAAGGCUUAAUUAAGUUUUAUGGUUGCUGUGGUCCUUUAGUUUUAACCCUGCAAGGUAAAGCAUUGCUGUUUAGUAGAUAUGGCAGUGCUUACAUUGCAGGGGAAAUACGCCCACUAGAGGCACUUCUUCUGUAAUAACCGACUUACAGCUAACCUAUGAAGAGCAUUGUUUGCUCUGGAAUACUGAUAAAAUGAUGCAAGAUCUCUUGAGCCGGGGUAGAGGAGCGAUGACGUAGACGGCAUCCUUGUGGUGUGCGGCUGGGAAACGCUUGAGUCGAGGAGAAGGGGUAGCUCAUGCCCUUGCCCAGGGCUGGAGGAGAGGAAAGGAUGGCGUGUAUUUCGAGUGAGAAGUCCUGUCUGAAUGCAGCUGUGCCCUAGGGAGCAUAGCGAUAGGCAGCCCAGGAAUACAAAAAAGAACGCUGAGCAUCUCCUGAUGCAUGGAUAAGGUACAUUGGAGAAAUACUGAAGCCGGUCUAAAGCUAAGUGUAUAGUUGAUGUAAUGGAAAUAAUGGCAAAUUAACACUUAAAGGGAAACUCCAGUGCCAGGAAAACAAUCAGUUUUCCUGGCACUGCGGGUCCCCUCUCCCACCCACCCCCUCAUCUCCGGUUGCUGAAGGGGUGAAAAAAAGGGGGGGUUUCUUCUCGCCACUGCUUCUCCCAGUCUUUACAUCGGCCGGUGGGCGAGACUGAUCCCGGCCAUGGAGACCUAAUGCGCGGCAAUGUCGCGCUUGCACAUUAGAGCUCCCCAUAGGAAAGCAUUAAAAGUUUCAAUGCUUUCCUAUGGGGAAUUGAGCGACGCUGGAGGUCCUCACACAGCGUAAGGCCAUCCAGCGACGCUCUAGCACAGGUUUUCUGUGCUAUGGACGAGGAAGUGCCCUCUAGUGGCUGUCUAGUAGACAGCCACUAGAGGUGGAGUUAACCCUGCAAGGUAAUUAUUGCAGUUCAUAAAAAACUGCAAUAAUUAAACUUGCAGGGUUAAGGGUAGUGGGAGUUGGCACCCAGACCACUCUAAUUGGUAGAAGUGGUCUGGGUGCCUGGAGUGUCCCUUUAAGUCUCUGUCCUUCCCUGUUUGUUGAAGCUUUGGCUAUUUUUAUUUUGCUUUAUGCCUCUCCUUCCUCCUUGCAACUAUCUCAUUUGAUAUAAUAUGAGGCUUUAGCUGGUUAAUAACGGUUGGGGAGAGGGGGCAAAUUUACUGAAUAGAGAUCUGUGUUUUUUCCUGUUGGGUAUUAUAGUCCUUUCGUAUUUAUUUAUUUUCCUCUCCUGUUACCUCCCGUAGUGUUAUUCCUCCUACAACUAUUCUUAUACUGGUAAUAUACAGGAAAGGGACUGGGACCUUUAAGGAGAUUUCAGGUAGUGAAGUGGGGGGUAGUGAAAAAGGAGUAGUAGAAAAGAAAGGAGGGAAACAAUAAAAGAAAGGUGGGGGGGGAGAGGUAAGGGAAACGAUAACAAAGGAAAGAGUGUAUGAACCCAUGACCACAAGAGUGGGAGAGAAGGGGGGGGAAGGAAGCAACAAACAAAAAAGCAAAACUGAAUAUAAUGCUGACUGGAGAUAGACGUAGGCACCAAAGCAUCCAGUGGUAUGGAACAAUGUAACCAGAGGGAGACCGCUAAAUAUCUGAAGUAACAGAAAGUAUCAACACAAAAAUAAACUAACUCCAAACAAUAAUAAAUACCGAACUAGCCUUCUAAGGCUACUCCCAUGCCUAAGUAAGUGAGGAGAUGAAUUUACUAAACACCUAAGUCUGCGAUAUACAUUUAGGCUUUAUUAGUCCUGGCCCUUGAAUGCAUAGGGUGUUAGUAAAUCUCCACUUAGUACCUAAGCACCAGAAAAUGUGCCAAAGGGAGAAAGGUCUCUGUCUAAAAGAUUGGCAGCCCUAAUAAUAUCAAUUGGGGAAUUUUUGCUUUUUUGUUUCUGUUGCUAGAGUGCCCUCCUGAUGCAUGGGAUCAGUGUGGAGGUGGUGCUUAUUCCCCUUUACACCCAUUUUCACACAGAUCCCGUUUCUUUCUAUUUUUUUCUGGAAAAAAGAGACGAGACUGUGUUAAGACUACCCAAAAGUAUUCUAAGGAACCCCUGAGGGGGGGAAAAGGGAAGUAAGAGGGGAGAGGAAAGGAGCAGAAAAUAUGGCCACCAAAAAGACGCAAAAUGGCAAACACCUGAAGAAAAGGGGGGGGGGUAAAAAAAAAAGGAACGUCAUCUAGAAAAAAGUUUUUCUUUUCACCCCAACCGCCUGGGAAUAAAUCAAAUUUAGAUGUGCCACACCAGAUAACUAAUCCGAUAGAAGGAGAAACGAGCAGUACACAAAUGGAGGCAUAUGACAACUCAAGACAGGAAGAAAACCUAUAUGAACGAUUACUCAGUCAUCCAGACACACAAUUUGCGAAAAUUGAGGUGGAAUGCAAGCAAAUACACAGGACAUCAAGAGAGACAUUUCCUUAUUAACCCCAAGGAUCCAAAGUAUUGAAGAAAAACUAGAGAUGAUCGAACAAGUGUGUAACUCCCACCAGGAAGAAAGUCAUUCUGGAAAGAAAAAUAGCAGAUCUGGAAAAUUAAAAUUUUAGAUCUGGAGGACAGAUCAAGGAGGAACAACCUAAGAAUUAGAGGUGUGUCCGAACAAAUAAAGACAACAGAAUUGGAAAUACAUAUAAUUUUUUUUUUUUUUUUAAAUAUAUGAAAGUGGAAUGGGAUAUCAAAAGCCCUAUGAUGGAAAGGUGUCACAAAGUUAACAAACACAAAGGCGUACCAGACCGCCUCCCAAGAUAUAUAUUGGUUUGUUGUUCCUCUUUUAAACUCAAGUUACAGAUCCUGAGAUCACUGAAAAAGAUCAAUCUUUCAGGAGAGUAUGAAGCAUUUAAGGUCUACCAGGACCUGUCAUGGAAUACCAGACAGAAUAGGAAGUCCUUUGCAGAUAGUACAAUAGAACUCAGAUCCAAGAAUAUAAAAUACUGGUGGGGGUUUCCCACAAAGAUCUUUAUAUUGCAUGAAUGCAAGACCUUAAGCUUCAAUACUGCAGAAGAUCUUAAACGUUGGUUGAUUCUAAGUAAAGAGAUAUAAAGAACCAACAGAUCAAUAACUUCUUUGCUAGGAAAUAGGAGGGGAGAAAAAAAGGUGAGAAAUAAAGUAAAAAGAGAGGAAGGGGAAGGAAAGGCAUCUGCGGAUUUUUUUUAAUUUAUUUUUUUUUUUUGGUUGUGAUGAAUGAUUUAUAGAUGUACACAAUAUAAAGAAGUAUAUACACUAGCAGAAUAAAAACAAAUACAUUUAGAAAUGGCAGACAGCAGGUGAGGUUGGGCGAACAUAUCCGAUUUCCGGUCUGCCCCUUAUACGUCAUCAUUGAGUAAACUUUGACCCGGAACCUCACAGUCAGCAGACACUUCCUGGGAGGGAGGGUCUGCUGCUGAUUGGGUGGAAUGUGUCUGCUGGCUGUGAGGUUCCGGGUCAAAGUUUACUCAAUGAUGACGUAUAGGGGGCGGACCGGAAAUCGGAUAUUUUCGCCCAACGUGAACACGCUAUUGUUCGCGGACAGUUCGCGACAUCUCUAAUCCCUAAUUCUGGAUUUCCUGAAGAAAACCCAAAUACAAGUUUGUGCAUUACAAGAAACACAUUGGAUAAAAACUGACAAAAUUAAUAUAAGAUCUAUUAAUUAUCCGGGAGGGGUUGGCAUUUGUUUUCCAAAAAUAUAUCCAUAAACAUUAAAUUCCAAGAUCUUGAUAAGGAAGGAAGAUAUAUUAUCCUGGUGUGCGAAAUAAAUAAUAAACUUUUUACUUUAGCUAAUAUAUAUGCUCCUAAUAAGUCUACUAUAAAAUUUAUAACAAAGAUUAUGAAGAAAAUUGAUCAAAUCAAACAGAGGGUGCUAUUAAAUAUGGGUGAUUUCAACUGUGUAAUAGACCCUUUUAAAGAUAGGAAGAACUAUAAUGGGAAAAAAAAAAGAUCAAUAAAGGAACUUCAGAUAGAUUACAAAACUUGAUAGCUCAAUAUAAUAUUGGAUAUUUGGAGAACGUUUCAUCCAUUGGAGUUGGACUUCACAUGUUACUCAAAAACAUUCAAUUCCUACUCUAGAAUCCAUCUUAUUUUGGGGGAUGUGGCCAUGCUAUACCUUGUUAAAAAGAUCGUAAUACAGGAUAUAACAUGGUCAGACCAUAACCCAACCAUACUGGAUUACAAAGACACUUUUGUCAAGUUUCGUAAAGAUUGGCGAUUGAACGAUAAUAUAUAAAAACUAUAAUAUUGAACCGAUUUAAAAAAAAAAAAAAAAUUAUAACUGAACUAUUUUACUUGGAAAACAAAAAUAAGGGGACAUCAGAUAUUGUAGUAUGGUGUGCUUACAAAAUCAUAAUUAGAGGCCACCUGAUGGGGAUGGCAGCUAGAAUGGAAAAUAAAUAAGUCCCCACCCACUUUCAGAGCUAUACAUAGCCCUAAAUGAAUAUAAGAAACACAAUAAAAUAACACCUUCUACAGAAAUAGAACAUACAUUUUCAAUUAUCCAAUAAAAUAGCAAAAACUUUAGAUUUUUUUUUCCAAUCUAAAUGGUACCAAAAAGGCAAUAAGCCAGAAGUGGUUAUGACUAAGGAAGUUGAAAAAGGAAAAAAUAAGUGAUAUAUAGAAUUAGGGAUAAAGAUACAUACAUUAUGGCCCCAAAACAAAUAGGCGGAGCAUUAGAAAAAAGUCUAUAGAGGUCUAUAUAACCUACCAGAGGAUUUAUUUGGUAGUGAUGAAGAAAUUAAAAAUUAUUUGAAAGUAUAAAUAUGUCCAAAAUUCUUCCUGACCAAUCCGAAACAGACUUUAUUAAAGCAAUAGAUAAGCUUAAAUAACAAACUGCCCCAGGCCCAGAUGGCUUUACGAAUAAAUGUUAUAAAAUAAUGAAAGAUUAAUUAAAAUAACUCACAAAUGUUUUUAAUUACAUGAUAAAUACAGGAAGAUGCCCUGGAGUUAUUGAGAGCAUAUAUAUAUAUAUAUAUAUAAUAUAUUUUAAACACAGACAUCAAAAUCUUUUCGUUGAUUCUUGCGAAACGACUGAAAUCUUUCAUACCAGAUCUCAUUAACAGCGAUCAGGUCGGUUUUAUCAGUUGACAAUAUUUGGAAAGUAAUAGACAUUUUGGAGGCAACAGAGACCAAAAGGAUCCCACUCACGCUCAUAUCAAUAGACGCAGAGAAGGCGUUUGAUAGGGUAUGGUGGGCCUUUAUGUCAGCCACAUUAAAAAAAAUUUGGAUUUACAGGUCCAAUUCUAAAAGCGGUAUCUGCUCUCUCUGACUCUCCACAGGCAAGUGGACCCACUGUUAUACAUAUUAGAACCUUUAGCCAUUGAAAUAAGACAAAAUAAAAAAAUUACAGGCUAUAGAGAUCUGUUGGGGCAGGUUAAACUAAAUAUCUAUGCGGAUGAUAUACUACUGAUCCUUGAAGAGCCAGAGACCUCUAUUCGGGAAGUGUUUUAAAUGAUAUAAAUAGGUACUCUAGUGUAUCAGGUUAUAGAAUAUAUUUAGACAAAUCAGUAGUUAUAGCCAAGAACAUGAGUAAGAGAUCAGUAAGAGAUCCUUAUAGAAAUGUUUGGACUUCCAAAGGACAAAUUUUUUUUGAAAUAUUUGGGUAUUACCAUUACAUCAGAAGUAAUAGUUAAUAGAAGCUAAUUUCUUACCUUUAUUAAAACAAACCAAUAAAAACUUACGGGAUUGGAGGGGGUUGGGAUUCUCGUGGUCAGGCAGAAUCCUUAUACUUAGGGCUUAUAUCUUACCAAAAUGGCUCUGUUUAUGGAGAAUGAUCCCUAUUAACUGCCCUGAAAAUUGGUUACGAAUGUUACAUGCCUCUUUUUUAAAAUUUGUCUGGUAUGGGAAAAAAAACAAGAGUAAAAAUGAAAAAUUUAGCCAGGAUAAGACCAGAUGAGUUGCCCAGAAAUCCAUAAGUGUUAUCAGGCCCAUAGACUGUUUCAUAUAAUGUUAUCACAGAAUACAUCUGCAGAAAAGGAAAAAUGGUAUUCAAUAGAGCGAGACAGCAAGGGUGUAGAGAAUUUAUCCUCUCUAUUCUGUAUUUUAGAUCUCAAUAAAAACAUUUUUAUAGCUGAGGCAAGAUCCAAAUCACAUAUAAUUAGAUAUGUAGCAGGUCGGUGGGAUAUAUUUGGAAAAAAAGUCACACUAAAGAAUAGAAUAAUAGGUGCACUACCAAUCUUGGUGAUUGUUAGAUAAUAUUAAGAUCAACUCUUGGAAGAGCAAGGGAAUAAAUUAAAAUCAUAGAUAUAACAGAGGAUUAUAAAAUCAAGCCCUUUCAACAAAUAAGUGAGGAAUUCUGUAUCCCACCAAAUGAUAUAUUUAACUACCUUAGAAUAAGUGUUUGUCUCAGCGUAUAUGAUUUAAGAAUAAAGAAUGUAAAAUAGACUGGCUUAUUCAACUUGUCAAACUAAAAAACUGUAAAAAUAUGCUGUCUAGAUCUGUUAAAGUCUUAUAUAAGUUAAGACAUGAUAAACUUUCCAGAGCAAUUGAAAAGUGGGGAAAAGAUCUUCCUAUACAAAUAGAUGAGGAAGUUUGGAAAAGUUUAUUUUAAUAAAUUAUAUAAACGUCCACUGCUUUAAUUUGACAGAUCUACAGUUUGAACUUUUGAAUAGAUGGUACUUGACACCGAAUCUUCUAAAUAAAAUAUAUGCAAAUACAUCCAAUAGAUGUUGGCUGUGCAACAUUGAUAAGGGCACCUUAUUACACAUAUGGUGGUACUGCCAACCGAUAUAUACUUAUUGGAAAGAAAUAAUUACAUUAAUUGAUUAUGACAGGAAAUAAAUUAACAAUGGAUCCAGGAAUAAUUUUAUUAAAUUUAAUUGAGUCAAAAAUGAAGAUCAAGGAUUCAAUGUUCAUUUUACACAUCAUUACAGCAGCCAAAUUACUGAUAGCACGGAAUUGGAAAAAUGUACAAAUCCCAUCCACCCGAGAAGUGAUAGCACAAGUAAUAUGGCAAGCAAAAAUGGAAAGAAGUAUCUUAGUGAGCUUAAAAAAUCGCUACACGCAAAUAGAAUAUUGGGAUACUUGGAUAGAUAAAUUAGAAUUUUUGAAAUAAAACGAUCAUAGAGGGUCUCCCAUCUAGGUAAAUGGAAUUAAAUCUCGGAGGGGGACAGAGAGAUGAAUAGUAUGUUAUGUAAUGAAGUGGCAAGGGGUUUUCCUCAUACACCCGCCUUCCAUGUCCGACAAAAAGCAAUUAAAUAAAGAGGGAAUAGAUGGGUCAAACGGAUGUAUUAAAAAAAAUACUCGGGAAAGGGGUUUAAACUUACCUUUUUCCAGCGCUGGGCGGAGAGCUCUCCUCCUCCGAUCCUCCUCUGUUCCGCCCUGACGGCUGAAUGCGCACGCGCGGCAAGAGCUGCGCGCGCAUUCAGCCGGUCGCAUAGGAAAGCAUUUACAAUGCUUUCCUAUGGACGCUGGCGUGCUCUCACUGUGAAAAUCACAGUGAGAAGCACGCAAGCGCCUCUAGUGGCUGUCAAUGAGACAGCAACUAGAGGCUUUGGGGGAAGGCUUAACCCAUUAAUAAACAUAGCAGUUUCUCUGAAACUGCUAUGUUUAUUAAAAAAAAUGGGUUAACCCUAGCUGGACCUGGCACCCAGACCACUUCAUUAAGCUGAAGUGGUCUGGGUGCCUAGAGUGGUCCUUUAAGUAAAGAAGUAUUGUAUUAAUGAUGAUAGAGAGACCUCAAAGCUGCUUAUUUUAUGUAAUAGUUUUAAUACCUAUACAUUGGUAAGGUAUCUAUCGGAAAUACAGUUAAAAAAAAAAGGAGGGGGGGGACCUAUGAUGAGCAUUGGAUCGGAGACUAUUAAAAAUGUUGGUGAGGCGGCAGGGACUCUUAUCUUUGCCCUGGAGAAAAAUUGUAACACCCUUUAUUUUUGUUUUAUUGUAGAUUUAAAGGAGCACUUAGUUUAAAGGGACUCUCCACUGCCCAAAUACAGAAUUAAUAAAAUCAUUGUUUAGUAGAUGUAGCCCAAAGGAAAACUUGCAUGUAUUUAACUAUAUAUAUUUUUUUUAAUUUGGAUUAUAUCCAAUAACUGCUUGCAAAAACUGCAUAUCUCGUGUCUGCUGCCUUUACAAGCCCUCCUCUUCUAACCCUGCACAGACUUCCCAAUACAGCUCAAUGAGAAGUCUUUGCAAGUCAGGUGCUCUGGGCAAAUACUGCCUCUUGAGUUCAGUGCAAUUAAGCUAACCAUACCAGGAAGUAACCGAACCUGUUGUCUGCUUGAAAAGCCAGGGGGGACCUUGUAGCUAUUACUGUAAAGUCUUGUUGUUUUUUCUCUUUUUUGUUCUCCUGUAAGUAUUGCAAAACAUUUUAUGUUUGUACUUUUAUGGAAAAAAUGAAAAGUCUGGGGGAGUGUAACCAAUAUAACUUAUAAAAGUGUUCAUUUCUAUUGGAAUUUAAAUUUUUGGCAAAAUGAUAAAAACUGUUUUUCAGCAUGGUAAAAUACUUUAGGGGUCUGGGGUGUCCCUUUUAAAAAGGAGAGCACUAUAGUGUUGGGCAUACAGGUUUGUAUGCCUAAUGCUCAACAGGGUUAUUCACUAGAGUGAAUUUCAUAUUUAAGGCCAAAGUAGCAUAUCUCAGAGAAUUUGCCUAGUUAAAUUUUACCUUGAAUUUGUAUUUCCCUUUGAAUUCUCACUUUACUGAAUAAUUCUGUUGGUAUUCCUUUAAGCAGGGCUGUUCUCAUUAGCUGAGCAUGUCAGCUGGGUGAUCUCAAGAAGUGAGCACAUCCCCAGUGGUUUUUUUUUAGCACAGAAGGGAUGCAGCAUAGGCACAUAAUGGACCCAAGUAAGUUGUCAAACAGUUUGACUAAUGACUUUGACCUCCUGGCACCACAAACACUAAGCAGACAUUCAUGGUUAUGUUGGUUGUUGUGGUCAUGGGGUGCUUAGAGUGCCCUUUACUAAGCUCCCUUAUGCAGAAUACAUACAACAUGGUAGCACUCAUUUAUAUACUGACCUAGAAAACAUUGUUGAUCUGGCAAUACUAUUUCCAAAUUAAUAUGAAUGGCUGCCAUAAGGAGUCAGAUUUUUAUUUUUUUAUUUUACUAUACCAGUGAUUCAAGCAUUAAAACUUGUGUUUUUGUAGCAAUAGUUCUUGGAGGUUGAGAUUUAAGUUCAGCUGAGACCGGAAUGUGAUAUAUAUAUUUAUUUAUUUAUAUAUAUUUUUUGUAAAAAUUUUUAUUUGUAGUUCUCUUGUGACACAAAAUAAACACAUUUGGGGAGUGUGUUCACAUAGUACAUUAAAAGAUUAUAUAAAUUAUCAAAUCCAUAAAUAAUUUUUAUUCUGAAUGGGAAAAAAACAGUGCUUUGGGUGUCAAAUUAACGUACAAAUGUGCAUUUUAUGAAUGUAAAGUAAAAAUAGGACAUGCAAUGAUUCUUAGGAGUAUGCCAUAAACAUUUUGAGUUACUUUGUAGUAGGAAGCAUUUUGUUAGUAUGUGGAAUUACUGAGAUUUUAAAGUAACAGAAAAAUUAUAUGGCAUACUGUCAAUUAUAUUAGAUCAAUCAUACAAACACACCUAUUAGUACAAAAUUCGUCCUAACAAAGUUGAGCAAAGCUGUAAACUUACCAAAAUAGAACCUCGUUCCAAGCUGCUGCAAGUGCUAGUGCCAGCUUUAAAGGGAUUGCAAAUGGAGAAGCUUCUUAAUUAGUACCAGGGCUGGAGGAGGAGGCAGAGGGGCCGAGCAGACAAGCACAGUCACAAGAUAUCGUGGGUUAAGGCUGCCAAGACUUCUAGAUCCCAGAACUGCUUAAUUGAGAGCAAGUUGUGAUUGGUCUUGGAGUAGUCCUUUAAGAUGAUCCUUAUGACAAGCUGCCUAUGCUGCAGUCUUAAUAUUCCAAAGACAUGAUUUGAUUUUACUCAUGCACAAAGGUCAUGUGACUCCUGGCAGAGUUAAAAAAGAUAUAUGGUGGAGACCAUGGAGGAAGGGCUAAUAACUUUUCAUCCCUUCCCCCACAUAAGGCUUUUUUAGCAAGCUGCUAUGCCAGCUGGGGGGACCUUGCAAAAAGACUUGUCUUCUUUAACAACUGUGACCUUGUCCAGAUAGCAUAAAUUUGCUUGCUUACAUUGUGCAGAAUUUAAGUUUAAUUUGUGUUUACCUGAUUAGCGGAACAACUUUUGCAAGAAAGAGAACAAAAUAAAAUUAGCUUCUGUCAUAGCAUGGACUUCAUUUUAUGUUAAAGCAAUCCAUUCACAAAUUAUUCUUAUUAAUAUAUUGCUUUAUAUGACCAGGAAAUUGCAAGGUUUAGACCAGACUAAAUACACUGAAGAUAGCACAGUUGCAAAUUUUAGACCAAAACUGGUAGGAAUUUCCCAUUCCUGCCUUCAUAAAUUUUGGUUUGUUUUUCUGGCAUUUGAAGGCUCUACCAUCAGAUGAUCACUACUGCCAUAUAGAAGUUGACCUCCAAAGUCAUAGGUUUACAUUUAUCAUAUGUGUGGAAGACUAUUUUACAGAUGUUAUUAAAAAUACAAUUAUUACACAUGCAAGGACACUAGUUCAAGCGAGGCUACCAAAUGUUAGAUGAAAAUCUUUAAAUCCCUCUUAGUUACCUUUUUUUUUUUUUGCUAAAAAAAAGGCAACUCGCCAGGGAAACUAAAACAGGCAAAAAUAAACGUUUAACGUUAUAAUAUAUUAUAUAAUCUCAUAGGUUAAUUGAUAUUUUUCUGUCUUAAUUUAUUUAUAGAUCUGUAUUUGAGUGCAUCUUAAAGACCAGAAGGGUUUCUUUAACAAACAUGGCCUUUGGAGCUGCAGGCUUUAACAAUCAACUUGUCCUAUAUGCACAUUGACUGCUAUCCUGCUUGAACAGAGGCGAACAGGAGAACUUCAUCUGGAAACGGAACUCCUCAAAAUCAGUUUAAAUGAGAAUGUCCCUGGCUCAGAGAGUGCUGCUCACCUGGCUGUUUAGCCUGCUAUUCCUGAUCAUGCUAGUACUAAAGCUGGAUGAGAAGGCACCAUGGAAUUGGUUCAUCAUUUUUAUUCCCAUCUGGAUAUUUGACACUAUACUCCUGGUCAUGCUCAUUGUAAAGAUGGCAGGUAGAUGUAAAUCAGGCUAUGACCCUAGGAAUGAAGCCCAGAAUAUGAAGAAAAAGUCCUGGUACCUCACAGCUAUGCUCUUGAAAUUGGCGUUCUGCCUCGCUUUAUGUGCCAGACUUGAGCAAUUUGCAAAUAUGUACUUAUGCUUUGUCUUUAUACCUUUCUGGAUUUUGCUGAUCGGAGGACUGGGUGAACUUGGAUAUAAUGUAUUUUAUGUAAGAAGAGACUAAUUGUUUUAUUCCUGCAUACAUAACCUAUAUGCAUUUUUUUUUUUUUUCUUCUGCAGAUUUAUAUAUUUUUUUUUAUGCUUUAGUGUCAGGUGGACAGUGACUUAUUUAACCCUUUGUGUGCCAGAAAGGCAUAAAGGACCAAAUCGAUUGCAAAGCCAUGGGUGCUCAUUCCCAGGGAUAUAAAAUGAAAGCAUGGAUUUUCUGGUUAGGUUAAUUUAUUUACAUAUAAUAAAGGUUAUACAUCCAUUAAACAUUUCACUGUAUACAAACAUAAGACAUUUUGAUGCUGAAUUGUCAGAUAUAAUAAAGUGUCCCACUAAUUUUAAAGAGAGGGCAACUGCUAUCAGUUUACCCAUAGCCUAGUUAACUAUUUUGUGGAAUACAAGAAGCUAUUGCGCCACAAGCAAAACUUGAACAAAAUUAACACAGACAACCCCUAACUCCUAUUCUGAGCUACACAAUUGACUGCUCUAAGGGGCUGACUCGGAGCUCAGCCGUUUAAACAUUGUUGUUCUGUAAACUGGUAAUUGAUUUUAACCAAAUAGGGGAAGGGGGAGAAAUCUCCAUCUUGGAAAUUUUCUAGCUUGGCUAUUAUGGCCCAAUAUUUGCAAUUUUCAUGUAUAAGUUCCAGUUUACUAAAUAACCUCUGAAUCAAUUCUUCCCAUGUGAUGUUACAAGUGUCCUUGCCACAGGCUGUGUGAGCAUGGCAGGAGCUGUAAUCUAUGUCUGCCAAUCUAACAUAGGUGACUGUCAUUUGUUAGGAUUUAUCCAGAACUAAUUCAGAAGAGGUUGUAAUGGAAGACAGUGCAAUUUAUAUACCCCUUUUUGAUGGCAAGUGAUAUCCACUGCUUUACAUACACUCACGAGUACAGACAUACCCGCGAGUGUACGUAAAGGUGCCUUCCGAGUACAGACAUUCCCGCGUCUCUUCUGUCAGCAAGGGAACAGGAAAUGGAAGGUUCUAUUCUCGCCUGGAGCAGCUCAGUUCAGUAUCAUUGGGGCAAGAAAUUUUCACACCCUCUGACAUGCCACAGGUUAAAGGAUCACUAUAGAGUCAGGAAAACAAACCCCUUCGGUUACUUCCUUUAAUCCAGGGCCAGGCUCCCUCAGCGCUGGUGACCUCUCCUCCACCGCCGUCAGCUCCCAAGUGGAGCUGCGUGCGCAUUCAAACAGUCCAUAGGAAAGCAUUUCUCAAUCAAAUCGCAUCCAGCAUCGCAGAAGCGCCUCUAGCGGUUGUCACGAAGACAGCCACUAGAGGCUGGAUUAACCCUGCUAUGUAAACAGAGCAGUUUCUCUGAAACUGCUAUGUUUACAUUUGAAGGGUUAAAACCUGAGGGACCUGGCACCCAGACCACUUCAUUGAGCUGAAGUGGUCUGGGUGACUAUAGUGUCCCUUUAAUCAUCUCUGUUUUUGUUAUAUGAUUUGGGUUAGGAUCUGUAAACCUCAAACAUGUUAGGGCAAAUUUAUAAUGCUUACUCCUCGCUGAAAAUAUAAAUAUAUAUAUAUAUAUAUAUAUAUUAUUUUUUAUUUUUUUUCUGCCCAUAAAUUGUCCAUAUUCUGCAAUCUGCUGCUAUCCAGUGAAAGGGUUUACCCUGACAUUUUCUAGAACUAUGACUUAGCAGCUUAGCCACAAUUCUGAGGAUUCAAAGUUAAACCAUAAGUGCUUAAAUUGAUGAAGAGGUGUUUCUAAACAAAGUGUGCAACUAAGCUGCUAACAAAUACAAAUUGGCACUGUAUUGACAGAAAAUAGCCCAGUGGGCAGGUUUAUUUUACUUUCCUCCCAGUUUAAAGGACCACUAUAUUGCCAGGAAAACAUACUCGUUUUCCUGGCACUAUAGUGCCCUGAGGGUGCCCCCACCCUCAGGGACCCCCUCCUGCCCGGCUCUGGAAAGGGGAAAGGGGUAAAAACUUACCUUUUUCCAGCGCUGGGCGGGGAGCUCUCUGCCUCCUCCGAUCCUCCUCCUGGGCUGAAUGCGCACGCGCGGUAAGAGCUGCGCGCGCAUUCAGCCGGUCUCAUAGGAAAGCAUUUACAAUGCUUUCCUAUGGACGCUGGCGUGCUCUCACUGUGAAAAUCACAGUGAGAAGCACGCAAGCGCCUCUAGUGGCUGUCAGUGAGACAGCCACUAGAGGGAAUAGGGGGAAGGCUUAACCCAUUCAUAAACAUAGCAGUUUCUCUGAAACAUAGCUAUGUUUGUUAAAAAAUGGGUUAACCCUAGCUGGACCAGGCACCCAGACCACUUCAUUAAGCUGAAGUGGUCUGGGUGCCUAGAGUGGUCCUUUAAGGUUGUCAGAUAAGUACAGCAUUAAAGAUAAAUGGCACCAUGUGAAAUGAUAUUUUGUUGCAGUAUCAGUUAUGCCUGUAAAUGACUAUUGCAAUGCAGUACAUGCAUUGGGAAGUGGAAACAAAAGGUAUUGCUUAACUUCAAGUACAUUUUAGUUUUACAUACAUGUUCUGGUCCCAUAGUAUACUUAAAAGUGGGGUAUGUCUGUAGUAGCUUACUUCUGCCAUUUUGGACAUCAUGAGGGUCAUGUAUCAGGAACAGCUCUGGGUCUGAGUGCUAAAAGUGGAGUAUUCAUCAGGAAUCUUUCAUUGGUUUCCAUGGUGACAACCACUUUUAGAGAUACGAUUCAGAAUUACAUUAUAAAAUAAACUCCAAAAUCUCAGAAGUCACUGAGAGAAGAUAAGGUCAAGCCUUUUAACGUAAAAAGAAAUUGGACUAAUAGCCUAACAAAUAUGUUUUGCCUCCUUUUAUUUGAAACAUCUUUAUAGUCACAUGGAAAUAAUUGAGUAUUUAAAGGUGCUCUACGAGUUGAAAGUGUAUUUCCAUAAAUCACUUUAAAACAAUAAUACAAUUUCAUAUAAUAAAAGUUCUGAUGAAAUUACCAGUUGAAUAUCUGCCAGCAUUAAAAGUGGCCUUUUUAAAACAGAACAGACAUUAUGUACAAUUAACCAAUUUUAGGACACUACCAGGCUGAAGAAGAGGAACAAAACAGCUUUUCCUGCUCAUUUAGUUUGCCUGAGAUUUGCAAUUUUCCCGUGUCCGUUCUCAAAAGGUUUUUAGUUUGGUGAAUACAUUAGUGAGAUCUACACAAAAAUAACCAUAAACGUUCACUUUGUUCUGUUGCUUCUGGCCAUGCCUGCCUGAUAUCUGACUGUCAACAAACAACAUCCCGAAGGUCAGAAGAACAAGAAGUUAACUCCGGCAAGAUCUAGUGCAAGUGACUUAGCUGUUGUAUGCUGCACUCUAGUGUGAAAGGUAACUUAUGCAGCUGUAAGCACUUUUAUUGAGCUGUAUUAAAUGUUGUACGCAUACAUUCAUUUGAACAAAAUGAGCAUUGCCUGAGCUGUGUUCUCGUCCAGGAAACCUCACUACAAAAGCUGGUAUAUAUUACUUUUUUUUAUUCUAAAACUGCACGUAGCAGGCUGCUAUUAUAAUUUUAUUGUACAUAUUUGAAUAGCUAACUGGCUAUCAUCUGUCUCCGUUAGAAUAUAUUUUAGCUACAUUCAAGAAUGUCAUAUUUACAGAUUGCAUAUUAAAAUGCACAAUUCUUGUGUAAAAAGCUACUUACAGAUACUUUUUUCUAUUUUUAAAUAGAUCAUUUAUGGUUUAGCUGCUUACAUGUGUAGGUGAUUUUUGGCACUCCAGAUGUGGAGAACUACAUCUCCCAUAAUGCUGGCAAAGCAUCAGGAGAGAUGUAGUCACACAAUACCUGGGUGCCCACCCCUGGUUUAGCACAUUGUAAAUAUUAAUAAAGAGGCAGUAAAGCCCUUUCUCCUCUACUACAGAAAAUAUAAUUGGCUUAAAGCAGGGGUCCUCAAACUCUGGCCCCCAGAUGUUGCUGAACUACAACUCCCAUGAUUCUCUAGCUAUCUAUGUAAUUCAAAGAAGCAUACUCCCCUCUUUGACGCUUGUCUUAUAAUUAUUAUCUUUUGUUCCUUGUGCUAAAUUGCAAUACCUGGAAAUAGAAGUGCCAAUGAUAUCUGCAUCUUCGCUUUCAUGGUGUAUUGUGGAUAAAUCAGCUUAGUAACGGAUAUGGAGCUUUGCUUUAAAAAAAA